AUGCCCGCCGCAACACAAUCCCAGAACGCUGCAGGGCAGAGGCAGGUAGACUCGCUCGAGUCUUCUUACAACCAACUGUGUGGAGGAGAAGACGCGCAGGAGUGGGCCGAGUUCGAAGCGUCUUUGUUUCGUACUUAUAGUGGUCAAACGCAAACCCUCGGGCAGGACCUCUUCCAAAGCCAACAUCACGAACAGGGUUCGGCCAUGAUCGCAGGGAGGCAAGCAACAUUAGGAGACAGCCUCCAUGAAGAUGAUACGUUGCAACAUUCUGAGCCGUCAACGAAUGCUUUACUACAGCAGGAACAAGCACUGGCAAACAAAGGUGGAGAACAGUCGAAGAGAGAGGAAUCCAUGGUCGAGUUUCAUUGCCCAUGGAUUGACUGUCAUAGCAUGUGUACCGAAUACAGUCGGAAUACGGAUGACCCAGACUCUCUCCCAUGCGCGCAUACCGGUUGUGAGCUCGAGUUUGCUACUGAAGAAGUGUGGCGCAAGCACGUUUCUAUUGCUCACCACAAUUUGCUUCCUAGACCUCAGCCGAUCGGUGAAUUCGAUAUGGAAGCUGCUUGGGAGAAAAUUCAGGCCUAG